AUGGCAGUCGUAGCCUCAGAGCCCCGGACGCUAGAGCGUCUCUGCUCGUCCAAAUUUGCCAAACAGCUCAAGCGCGCCUCGUUCCUGCUGGGCUCGGGCGACCUGUGGGAAAUGCUCGCUGACGCGGAGGAGGCGAAGGCUACCACCCCCGCCGCUCAAGGUGGUGACGGCGCGGGUUUCGCGAGACGGCCAUGGAAAGUGAGCAGCCGCGUCGUCGCGCGCAUCGAGGCGUCGCUGUCGCGCUUCACGUGGCGGAAGCCGCCGCCGUCCCCCACCGCCCCGAGCAAACCGCCCAAGUCGCCGAUAGCCGCCAGUGUCACCGCCGAUCCGCCAGCAUUGUCACCGAAAUCGCCCAAUCUCGCGUCGAGGAGGUUCAAGCAGCGCGGCGCCGCGGAGUCGCAGAUUCAGUUCCGCGUCUCCCCGUCGCCACGCGCCUCCGCCGCUCGCCCCUCUGCGGGACUUGAUUCCGCCGCCGCCCGCAAGCGCAAUGCCGUGCACGGCACGCAGGAGGAGCCCGUCAGUCGCGGGGCGCUCGCGGCUCGUCGCGGGCGGGCGAGCUUGAGCAUGGAUGAGGGGCAGCUGCGCGCAUGGCAGCAGCACGGCGCCGCAACGCCUUCAGACGUCGUUGACACAGAUAGUCUCGACAGGAAUGACGUUAAUGAAAACGUAUUGUUUCCGAAGGAGUCGGAGGAUCUGGAUCCGGCGGGUCGUGCUGACAUUGCAGAGCGGUCUUCCGCGGGAUUGGCGCAUUCCAGCAGUCGAUGCACUCAGAGCGGCCCGUUGCGGCGGCGGAGCGACGACAAGCGACCGAGCAGCAGGGCCAUGCGGAGCCCUGCUGCUAGCGGCAGCGGAAGGGCCGCAACGGGGAGCCCUGCUACUAGCGGUAGCGGGAGAGGCGGCAGCAGCAGGGCUAUGGUGGUUGGCGUGUCGCGGUCGCUCACCCCCCCUUCCAGCCCUACCGUUAAGACGUUCUCGUUCGAGGCCGCGAUUGGCGCGCAGCGUGCGCGUAGCUUCCGGCGAUGUAGCACCAUUUCCCGUGUGCGGGCGGGAAGCGGGAGCGCGGAGGCACGGGAUGGCGCGGGGAAUGGCGCGGGGGGCGGCGCGGAUGCGCGCGAGGAAAGGGAGGGGUUCGCGGCCGACGGGAUCAUCGUUCUGGCGGGCGGACUGAAACGCGACGGCACCGUUCCAGCAGAGUGGGUGGAGCGGCGCCUGGAUGCAGCGGCGGAGCUCUACCGCGCCUUGCACGGGGGGGAGGGGGAGGGGGAAGGGGAGGACACUCUUGCAAAUGGGAGCCAGAGGGAAGCCGCCUCCGCCUCCGCUGCCUGCCGCUGCCCCAUAGUGGUGCUGGGGGCAGGCACGCCGCACGUGCAGCCAGUGCUGAAUCAGCACGGACACAUGUGGCAUGAGAGCAGUGCGUGCGCACAGUACCUCAUGGACAAGGUAUUAUUUGGGCACGGCAUCCCCUCCUCCCACAUCUACAAGGAGUGGGCGUCAUACGACACAGUGGCAAAUGGCUUCUUCUCCCUCGUGUGGCACGCCGUGCCGCGGCGCUGGCAGCGCCUGCUCGUGCUCACGUCCGCCUUCCACAUGCCGCGUUCCGCCCUCAUCUACGACUGGAUCUUCUCCCUCCAUGGCUCUGGCUUUGCUCAUCCUCACGCUCCUCACGCUCCUCCACUGCUUUCACCCUCCUCCUCCUCCUCCUCCUCCUCCUCCUCCUCCUCCUCCUCCUCCUCCUCCUCCUCCUCCUCCUCCUCCCUCUCCCUCCCCCUCUCCCCCUUGCGCCCACCACACGGCCAAUGGGAGGAGUACAUUCCGCCCUGGCGUUACCAUGGGGGGAGGGCGGAUGGAAUAGGGGCGACUGGGGAAGGUGGACUCGAGGGAGGGUGGCCUGCAGGAGAGGGUGGGGAGAAGGCAGGGGGGAAUGGGGCUCUGUUGGGGGAUUCAACUGAUCAGGUGGUUUCUCAGAUGCCGUCACCUGGGGAUCCGUUGGAGCAGGGCUAUGAGAUUCGGUUCAUCAGCGCAUCGGAUGCUGGGAUCGACCCUGAGAUGAUUCAGGCCCGGCGAAGAAAGGAAGCGGACAGCAUUCGUCUGCUGCUGCCUUACAUUGCUUCAGUGCGCUCCCUGCCAGCCUUCCACCACUACAUGCACACACAGCACCGAGCAUACAACGUGCAACACCAGGAAGAGUUUGGGCGGGCGAAGAGUGCAGAGGAGGCGACAUUUGAUCCAAUCAAGCUGUGCUAUUGA